AUGGCAUGGAAAUGGAAGUAUUCCCCCAAGGAACAGCUGGAGGAUAUGAGCAGCCUGCACCCAGGGCUCACGGGGCUGCAGAACCUGGAGAACACGUGCUACAUGAACGCAGUGCUGCAGUGCCUCUGCAGCCUGACCCCGCUCGUGCAGUAUUUCCUCUCGGGCAAGUGGAACACAGCCCUGCACGAGGAGACUGGCGAGUCUGCGACUGCCUUUGGCUGUUUGGUGUCUGACAUGUGGCUAGGAGAGUUUGACCAUGUUUCCCCUGAGGCUUUUCAUUCCGUCUUUGGGAAGAGGUACCCAACUUUUAGCAAGAGGACUCAGCAUGAUGCACAGGAGUUCCUCAUAUGUAUGCUGGAUGACCUCCACCAGGCUUUCAAGGAGCCAAGCCAAGAAAGACAGAGCCCUGGUGCAGGAGCAAGUACAAGGAGUAGCAAUGGCACAUCAAUUAUAACAGAGUUAUUUGAGGGACAGCUCAGUCAUGGUAUCAGGUGUCUGACAUGCAAAGCUCACUGUGAGAGACCCGAGAGCUUCACCGUGCUCUCCCUGCCCAUCCCUCCCACCAGAGUGUGUUCUCUGCAGGACUGCCUGGAAUGCUUUUUUCAGCCAGACACACUGACUCAGAACAACCAAAUCCACUGCUAUUGGUGUGGAGGCAACCAAGAUGCAACAGUAAAGGCUUCCAUAACCAAGGCACCACAGAUCAUUAUUUUUCAUCUAAAGAGGUUUGCCUGGCAGGACAAGAGCAAAAGGAAACUCUCAACCACUGUUUGCUACCCAUUCAGUGAUCUGGAUCUCUCUCCCUACAUCUCCACAUCGUGUCGCAACACUACAGAGUACAGCUUGUGUGCUGUAGUGGUAAACUUUGCCCUUCCUGUCUUUACUGGGAAUGCCCUGCCUCAUGGAGUAGAUGAAGCCUGUGUUUGUUUGGACUUCACGUAUAAUGACUUAUAAUUUAAUGUAUGUUUUGUUGUAGUUUUUUUUUUACCUGCCAUGGACAUAAUCCAGGAACAGUAGGUAACCAAAGGACAGAGACUACAUUUCUCCUUCCCCAACAUCCCAAAUUUAAGAAAAUGCACUCCUGGCACAUAA